GCUAUAAAAGUCCCACCUUGCAGCUUCAGAAAGUAGAGCUGAGAGCUUCAAUGGCGGAUCUUCAACCUCUCAAUCUCCUCCAUGUCCAUAAAUCGAACAUCAUCAUAAACAGAGCACAUACACUUUUACAUUCCAUAGCCAUAGCUUUCUUAAUCUACUACAGAGUCUCUUUCCUUUUCCAAAAUGAUAAAGAAACCAGAAGCACACCAACUUGGCCAUGGCUUCUGGUUUUCUUCUCUGAGCUCCUUCUCUCUUUUAUAUGGCUUCUAGGCCAAGCCUUUAAAUGGCGUCGUGUCUCUCGUACCGUCUUCCCGGAGAGACUGCCGGAGGAUGAUAAACUUCCGGCGAUCGACAUAUUCAUUUGCACUGUGGAUCCAAAUAGGGAACCAACUAUAGGAGUGAUGAACACAGUGAUAUCGGCUCUGUCAUUAGACUACCCACCAGAGAAGCUUCAUGUAUAUCUCUCUGAUGAUGGAGGUUCUUCUUUGACAUUGAAGGGGAUGAGAGAAGCUUGGGAAUUUGCAAAAUGGUGGAUUCCAUUUUGUAACAAGUUUAGGAUCCAAGAUAGGUGCCCUGAAGCUUAUUUCUCUGCAAUAUCAUUAGCUGAUGAUGUUGGUGGGAAUUCUGAUGAGUUUUUGAAACAGAGAGAAAUCAUAAAACAAAAGUACCAAGAAUUUAAGGAACGUGUAAAUGGACUAAAAGAGAUCCUCGGAGAUGCUUGCUCUGCUAGUGGAGAUCAUCCACCUGUUGUUGAGGUUAUUGAAGGAAAUCCCCAUGAUAGUAAAGCUCAAGUACUAGAGCAACCAAUUUUGCCUCUUCUUGUUUAUGUAUCUAGGGAGAAAAGGCCUUCCCAACCCCAACAUUUCAAGGCCGGAGCUCUAAAUGCUCUUCUUCGAGUCUCUGGGGUGAUAAGCAACUCUCCCUACAUUCUUAUGUUAGACUGUGAUAUGUACUGCAAUGAUCCAACUUCAGCAAGACAAGCUAUGUGUUUCCACCUUGACCCCAAGCUCUCUUCCUCAUUGGCUUUUGUUCAAUUCCCUCAGAGAUUCCACAAUAUUGCCACUAAUGAUAUAUAUGAUUGUCAAUACAGAUCAACAUAUACGGUAUUAUGGCAAGGUAUGGAUGGGCUAGAAGGACCGGUGUUGUCUGGUACUGGCUUUUAUAUUAAAAGGGUUUGUUUCUGUGGUGAUUAUGUUCAAGAAGGGACUGACCUAAUGGAACUCAAAAGUUAUUUUGGCCCAUCCAAUGAGUUCAUGAAAUCUAUUCUCCACUACAACAAGCCUAAUUUAAUCAAUAACAGAGAAUCUACCAAUUCAUUGAUAAAGGAGGCCAAAUUCUUAGCUUCUUCCACCUAUGCAGAUCAAACAAAAUGGGGUAAAGAUGUGGGUUUUCUGUAUUAUGCAGUUGCAGAAGAUUACCUGACAGGGUUCACUUUACAGUGCAAAGGCUGGACUUCUGUGUUUCAUGCCACAUCAAUGCCCCAAUUUUUGGGCACUGCCACAACGAAUUUGAAUGACCUAUUGACUCAAGGCAUUAGAUGGAGCUCUGGAUUGAUGGAUGUUGGUCUCUCUAAGUUUUGCCCUUUUAUAUAUGGUCCUUCAAAAAUGUCUUUUCACGGGAAAAUGUGCUAUGCUGAGCUUUCGUUCUUCCCUCUCUAUUGCCUGCCUCUUUGGUGCUUUGCUACUGUCCCUCAACUCUGCCUAUUGAAUGGCACCUCUAUAUAUCCUGAGGUCUCAAACCCAUUUUUUAUCAUAUUCCCUUUCAUAUUUAUGUCAUCGAGCAUUAAACUUUUGUAUGAAAUCUUCAUAACUGGAGGAUCAUAUAGAUCAUGGAUAAACGAACAAAGAAUAUGGAUGAUUAAAUCGAUUACUUCUCACUUGUAUGGAUGUUUGGAUGCAUUCAUGAAGAGAAUUGGCAUGAGGAAAACCAGUUUCUUGGCGACAAACAAAGUCGAUGAUGAUGAACAAGUUAUGCUAUACAAAAAGGGUUUGAUCGAUUUCCGAACUUCAGCAAUGUUUCUUGCUCCAUUGGUAACCCUAAUGAUGUUGAACAUGGUUUCCUUUGUUGUGGGAAUGGCAAGGCUAAUCCUUGUGGGAGAUUUGGAGAAAUGGUUUCUUCAAGUUUCGAUAUCAUUUUAUAUCUUAGUAAUGAGUUACCCUAUCAUGGAAGGUAUUUUAAUAAGGAAGGACAAGGGAAGAAUUCCUCCAUCAAUCACCAUUUUCUCUGCUUCUGUUACAUUGCCCUUGAUUUUCUUGCCACUAGGAUCUAGAUUUUUAAUGUACUAAUAUCAUAUUAGUUUAGUACCUAUUUCAUUUUGUAAGAUGCAUAAUAAUUUUUUUUUUCUUUUUUUUGAUAUAUUUCAUUGUAAAAAAUAAAGUUUUGUCUCUUAGCCUUUUAAUUUCAUGAAACUUGUAUUUGGUUUUAA